GGGGGAGGUCACGUGUUUUGGCAAAUACAGAAGCCUGAGGACCCAGUGUACCCCAUCCCAUGUACCUGUAUUAGGGGAAGCUGCACUCGUGUCUUGUACAGUGAAUGUAUUAUGAUAAUUACGACAUGCAAUUGGUGAAGAAAGCCCAUGAUGCAUUGCUUCGCCUCCUUCUCUUCCCAUUCUUCAGACACCCUCGUCCUGACGCCUCUGAGGUCCUGACCCAGCACCUUCUGCAGCGGGGCCUGCCGCACUGGACUUCUUUCUGCAUCAAGUACAGUACUGUUAACAAUGACCAGUUUGGCUUAUCAAACUUCAACUGGGAAGUGAAUGGCACAAAUUACCAUAUCCUGCGGACGGGCUGCUUCCCAUUCAUUAAAUAUCACUGUUCCCGUGCUGCCCCCCAGGACCUGCAUCUUCACAACCACUUCUUUACCACACUAAAAGCCAUAAAUCUAGGGAUCCCCACUCUCAUGUACGGCCUGGGAUCCUGGCUGUUUGCCCGAGUCACCGAGACUGUUCCUACCCGCUGUGGACCGGUGACCAUCUACUUUCUGAUCAAGGAGGACGAAGGAGCCAUGUUCUGAGACCAAGACGAUUUUCUGUGAUUUUCUUAUUUCUCCAUCUUUCCACCAUCUUCUUAUAUCUUCCGCCUCUAUAUUUAACAUUUCUUGCCAAUUCAUAAUGUCGUCAGUGUUGGCUCCUGUCGUGCGUGUCAUAGAAUUUCUCCAAUUCAGGUUGUAUUCAGUGAGUUUUAUAUAAUUUAUUGUUCUCCUUUGUAAUAUUUUUGGACAUUGUUUGCUCAGUAGGAUUUUAUAAAUAUAACAUCUUAUAGGUGUACCAUGUAUCCUCACACAGUGGACAUAGCUGUCUUCUCUGAACUUUUUGAUCCCUGAGGUACGAGACACUGUGGUUCUCAUGUGUAAACAUCAAUGCAAAUAAAAAUUUAGAUUCAAAUUGCAAUAGGGUUCUACAAUGAUUUUUUUUUAUGUAACUGGUCAAUAAAAAUCAAACUGUGAAAAAUCAAACUAUAGAUGGCUUCAGCGGAGAUGCUGACAA